AUGGUUCGUAGAAUCGCGUCGCAGGUGCACCAACAAGUCUCCCGCUUAAUGCGAGGAGGUUACAUCAAGAAAGAGCCUGUCUGGUUCAAAGCCGUCCUCGACAACCCCCCGCUCGCCCUGCCACCAAAAGCUCCUCCAGCGCGAACAGCAUACGACCGCAAACCCCAGCUCGCACCGCUACAGGCGUAUCCCAAAAACCCCAAACCGCUACCCAUUUACUAUAUUGAAGAUGACUUGAGAAGACAAUUCUUCCGGGACCACCCCUUUGAAGCGUUCCGACCACGUACACUUGUGGAGGCGGAUAGGAUUCAUGAUGCUCACCCUGUCAAGGGCGAGAACUGGACGCGGUUGAGGCAGCGAGGCAGGAAUCCCACACCUGAAGACGCCAUCCAAUAUGCCUUGAAUCUCUAUCAAUACCACGGAGUUUCGCUCAGCGAAGCCUACGCCCGCUCUGUCGCUCAAUUCCGUGCCCUCCGCUCUGAGCACCACGUCGCCACCGUAUUCGCAGUAAUGGAAGCAGAGGCUCUCGGAGGAACAUUUGCACCUGACGAGGUCGACAGGACAUUCCAAAAGGAAGCAGAGGCGCUGGAAACCUGGCAACUCAAGGAGAAGAAGGAUGAGGGUGCAUUGGCUGCUCGAAAACGAUGGAAGGCCAUUGUAGAGAAGCGGGACGGAGUAGACCAGUGGACCAAGGGAGAAGAAUAUGUCAGGCUGUGGAAGGAGGGUGUUCGUCCAGACUAUUCACCCAUAUUGGCAGAGUAG